AGCAGCAGCGUGCGUGCUCGUAUGCAUUUCGCAUCGUGACUCGUAGCUACCAUCGAGUCUGCGAUCGCUCGUCGCACAAUGUUUCGCGCGACUUAUCAUCAUGCGGCCCCGCAAGAGGGGGCCGGCGGCGACAAAGGGCGCCCGCAAUGGUGAUCGUGACGGCAAUGCCGCCGCCGCCGCCGCCGCCGCCAGGGGACGCUGCCGCUCAUUCGGAAUGAUGGGUAGAUGAUACGGCAGCAUUCAUUGAUACCCUUCGCUGCCAUCGAUGCCUCUUCCUCGUCUGAGCAAGAUGACCUGGCUCUCUGACUUCAUUGCUCCUUCGCACUGCGAGCGUCGGGUUCCCCCGUACGCCAUUCUCAUCGUGCCGUACAUUGUCCCGCUCCUUCAGUCAUGGCUGCUCUUCCACGCCCCCGUUGCACACAAGUGCAUCCCUCGUUGGGCCUUGCGACACCACGCUCAAACCCUGCGCUUGGCGCUACUCCCGGUGCAGAUCCUCCUCUGCCUGCAUAUCUCAUUUGCCUACUCGGGAUGGGGGCUGACAUUCGUCUUUGCUGUGGCGCUGUCCCUCGCGGCAAAGAGCAUUGCUGCUGCCACUCGACGUCAACCACCCUCACUGGCACACGCGGACGAAGCCAAGGGACGACCUGCUCGCCUCUUCUACUUCCCGCACACCAAGCUCCCCCUCUUCGUCGACUAUGUCACCUCCUGGCGCGGCGCAGGUUGGGAAAGCGGCAUCCACAGCGAGGCAGGCUACGGUCGGCCUGACAGCAAGGGCGAUCACAAGAGUCCGCCCCAAACACUCACUGACCCUCGGACCAUUGCUUUCCUCAUAUCGCGCCUCAAGACCUUCCUCUGCUCCGCUGGUCUGGUUGCCUUUGCCCUUGAGGUCAUGCGCCACCCCCUCUUCGCCGCCGUGUUCGACGCCCAUCCUUCCAUCCUCUCGCCCGUCAACCCUCUUAGCAGCAUCAGCCCCACGCGCCGCGUUCUCGUGCAAACUCUCUUCCUCCUCGCCCAAGGCAUCAGCAUCCCGCAUCCAAUCCAAGCAACAUUUUCCCUCCUGUCAAUUAUCUCCACCCUCAUCAGCCCGCAAACGCAGACGUGGUGGACUCCCCUACCCUUCGACUCGCCUCAUCUCUCUACGUCGCUGCACGACUUUUGGGGGAAGAGAUGACACUCCUUCUUCAGCAGUACGUACCAGACAUUGGGGUAUCGCCCUGCGGCCAAGAUAGCAAGAUGGGGAGGGGCGAGAGAGGCUAUGGUGCGAUACGUCGCCGUGAUAGGUGCUUUCGUCGCCUCAGGCCUUCUUCAUGAGAUCGGGCAGCAUAAUCUGCGCCGCUCACUGGCCGAAGUCGAGGCUGAGGAUGGCUCCCUAAUCAUCGUAGAUCGGACGGCCCUGCGUGACGAAUACGGGAGCUGCUACCCACUCAACGCAACUGCUUCAGGCUUCGGAGCGAAUCGUUACGCCACGCUCCUCUUCUUUGUGACUCAAGCUGGUGGCUUCCUCCUCGAAGAGCAGGUGAGGC